AUGGCCACUGCUGAGAAGGCGUUGCCUCUCGACCCCAAGUACGAUUCGUACGACUUCCCUACCACCGCACCGGAGCCCCAGAGUGGCCAUCCCGGCCACACCACCGCAGAGCAGGAUGCGAAGGUUCACCAGCUGCGCACGAAGCUGGAGCAGGAGGGGUACACCGAGCGAUUGGAUACCCUGACCAUGCUGCGCUUCCUGCGCGCCCGCAAGUUCGAUGUCGAGCUUGCCAAGGCCAUGUUCAUCAAGUGUGAGGCUUGGCGCAAGGAGUUUGGCACCGAUGACCUUCCUCGCACCUUCGACUACAAGGAGAAGCCCGAGGUUUUCAAGUACUACCCUCAAUACUACCACAAGACCGACAAGGAUGGCCGCCCCGUCUACAUCGAGAAGCUUGGCAAGAUCGACCUCAACGCUAUGUACAAGAUCACCACCGGUGAACGCAUGUUGCAGAAUCUCGUUUGCGAGUACGAGAAGCUGGCCGACCCUCGUCUGCCCGCCUGCUCUCGCAAGGCCGGCAAGCUGCUCGAGACCUGCUGUACUAUUAUGGAUCUGAAGGGUGUUGGUAUCACCAGCAUCCCUUCCGUCUACGGCUACGUUCGUCAAGCCUCCGAGAUCUCCCAGAACUACUACCCCGAGCGUCUGGGCAAGCUUUACAUCAUCAACGCCCCCUGGGGCUUCAGCGGCGCUUUCAGCGUCGUCAAGGGUUUCCUCGACCCCGUCACUGUCAACAAGAUUCACGUUCUCGGUAGCGGAUACAAGUCUGAGUUGCUCGCCCAGGUCGCCCCCGAGAACCUGCCUGUCGAAUUUGGCGGUUCCUGCAAGUGCGAGGGUGGCUGCGAGCUCUCUGACCAGGGCCCGUGGCAGGAGUCCGAGUGGGCUCGCACCCCUGCCUGGGCUACCCCCAAGGCCGAGAAGGAUGUCGUCGUCAAUGAGGAUGUCGGUGUCGAGAAGAAGGGUGACGAAGCCCACGAGGGCGCCGAGGCUACCGCAUAG